AUCAAUCAUGUGCUUUUGUUUCUCCAAGUUAACCACAUAUCCAUUUGCCUCUUCGUAACCACUAAAUCCAGCUGCACUUUCAAGGAUAUAUAUGUAUGUGCAACGACACAUUUCUAAACUCACAACCAACUUCUAUUACUCAACUUCUCCAAUAAAGCUCUCCUACAUUCCUUUCUUUUCAUCUUCAUCCUCACCAAGAUUUACUUUAAGAAAAAUCGAUGGCCAUUCACAAAAUGCUAAGGCGGUCUUUAUCGGCUGAAAAGAGAUCAACUGAAGUUCCAAAGGGGCAUUUGGCUGUUUAUGUUGGGGAGAAUGAGAAGAAACGCUUUGUAAUUCCAGUGUCAUAUUUGAAUCAUCCUUUGUUUCAAGAACUAUUGUGCCAAGCUGAAGAAGAAUUUGGAUUUCAUCAUCCGAUGGGUGGACUCACAAUUCCGUGCACUGAGGAUUUAUUCAUCGACCUCACAUCUCACUUGAGUAGAGCAUAAUAUAUACUCAAAAGAAUUUUCUUUCACAUUUUUUCUUUUUUCUUUUUUUGUAUAGACAAAA